UUCCAGCCGGGAUGCAGAUGCAAAACUCAGUGGGCCUUUCGGACAUGUCGAUACCGACAAAUUUUCAGAACACCUCGACGAGGUGGGAACAAGAACCGGCCGAAGAUGUAAGCCUAUUCUUACAAGCACCAUCUCCAUGUUCAUAUCUGAUCUGCUUCUAGGAAAUUACAAAGAUUCACACACAUACGCACGAGCUGUGAUACUGGAUCUGAUUGUCAUGGCAUUGAUCGCGCUAGCACGAAUUCGCUACAGCUUGAUGGCGUCUACCCUCUCCCUAGAGGAUAUGUCACUCCACAUGUUGCCCAGGAGAUCCCUUUUUGAGGACCCCAGGUAUAACUUCUCUCCCCACUCUGGUCCUCUUCUGAGCACUGCCUCUGGUGAACCUCUCAUGUAUGCUUCGACUCUUCCAGCCCCCAUGCCACGAUACGAUCAAUACGGACGUCCAUAUGAUCCACCGACACCGAUACCCGAUCAAUCUUACACGCGGCCAGCACCAUCCGUUGACUCCUCCUACGGCCGUGAGCGUCAGUCUGCUUCGCCGAACGUGGAUCGAAACGCUCUUCGUCGUAAGGCUGAUGCGACAUUCGCAAAGAGAUCUGGAAGAGACGAAUCACACCCUCGGACUCGUCUUUCACCCCCUCGGACUAUAAUCGACCCGGAACUUGAUAAUGACACAGCCACAAACACUAGUGGCCUUGUGACCGUGGAUGACCUCCUGAGAAGGUGGACGCAUCUUGAUCCUGAC